AUGGCUGCUUCCCAAACGUCUGUAGUCCGGCGCAGGCGGGUGCGCAGGCGCCGUCAGGACAAGCCUGCUGUGUCGGCGCGCCUAGUGCUGGACGACCACAUCAAGACCGACGUUGGUAUCAUCUCGGAGGACCUCUUUGCCGAGCUGUUCCCUCACCUGGCCGACUCCCGCGACCAGCCCGAUGCGGCCCCCCAAACGCCGUUGCCCCUCCACAUCGCUAUCGCUCCCUGGACGCCGACCAACGCGCCCGACUCUGCGACCUGGUCCAUUGUGCCUGUGACGCUCUCAUCCGCCCUUGCCCCGUCCACGGUCCAGUUCUCUCCCUCGUCGCUGGCCCUCCAGUCCUUUGCCCACACACUCAAGCAGGUGGCGCCAUCGCAGCUGUCUACCCGCAGCCGGUCAGGCAUCGACAUCUCUGUGCUCGAUGUUACCGCCAUCGAGUUGGAUACUGUUUUUGUGAGCCUCGAGGGCGACCUGGCUAAGCGCCUUGAGAAUGGCGAGGGCGUAUUCUUUCGGGAACGGCCUGAUAGCAACAAGCUGAAGGCCCCAGCGGCUGCGCCGACCCCUGAGGCCCGUCUGACCGCUGCCCUGCGUGCCGCACUUUCAACCCUCAAGGUCGUCCAUACCGGCGACCUGUUCCCAUUGCCGCUGCCUCCACAUCCCGUGACACAUGUGCCCCCCAAUCCUGGCAAGAUUACCCUCUGCGAGCCAGUCGCCCAGGGCAUCUUGGGCCCGAACACCAAGAUCAUCGUCUCCCGCGGCCGCGGCUACUCGAAGUAUGAUCGCUCGUCUACUCCUAUUGGCACAGGCCGGGGGGUCGAGGGCGACGAGGGCGAGGACACCGCCAACGACCAAUUCUACUCAGCAGCCGAGGACCGCGCACGAACCGACGCCGCGAACGACACCGACGGGAGCCAGACCGAUUCCGACGAUCAGGUUGAUGGCGUGAACAAUGACGACGACAGCCUGUCCGACGGCUCAGACGACAUAAUCACCCUGCAGACGCCCCCUCUCUCGUCUACCAUUACCAGCGGUAUCGGUACACCCUCCACAAUCGGCCGCGGUCGCAAGACGAACGGCGUCGUGAGCGGCGCUGCCUCCGUCUUCUCCAGCUGGACCGCAAGCACAGCACGUCCAGAUCGGCCCCGCGGCCGUCUGUUCAAGGCGCACGGCUUGGCACAGCCCAUCCCCCCCGAGCUUCUGCACCCGAAACCCGCGCCCGAGGACGACGAAGAGGCCCGCAUCUAUGUCGACACGCGCGACCUCAACCGCAUCGGCUGCUUCUCCGGCGACUGGGUGCGCGUUGAGGCUGCGCAAGAGCCGCCCGCCCAUGGGUUCGGCGCGCUCGGCCUAGGCAGCUUCGAGCAGGACCCCGAUGAAGAAGUCGCCUGGCGUCCGGCGAGGGUCUAUGGCCUACCUGAGGCGUACGCCAGCCGCCCUAUGGCUCGCGUGCCGAGCUCUAAGUACAGUAGUGAUGGUCGGCGUAUGUCCUUCUUUGAAGCGCAGGUCCAGAAGCCCUCGAGCCCGGUUGUCUAUCUCUCGCCAAUCAUGCUGGCGAAUCUGGAUAGCCCCCCGUACCUGCGUCUGUCGCCUAUCAAGCGGCCGGCUCAGGCGCCGGGUGCAGCGGUUAGGGCUGCUAGCGGGUCGCAGGCGAAGUCGUCGUCGGCGCCAGCCCUGCAGCCGCCUUUUGCAAGGGAGGUGAUCCUGCAGCAUGUCCGGACGCCGAUUCCCGUUGAGCGUGACGUGCAGACCGCUGUUAUGGCGGGGCUCAAGUUUUACUUUGAGCGCCGUUUGCGUCUGGUCAAGGCCGGUGACCUGAUCGCCGUGCCUAUCGACACCCAGCUGGGUCGGACGCUGCAGGAGUCGACUGCCGCUGAGGAGCCUGCUGUGGAUGAUGUCCUGGGUCUGAUCGCCAGCAGCAAUGUGGGCAGCGUUCGGCCGGAGAAGAGCGCCAAGUACGACGAAGUCGCCUGGUUCAAGGUCGCCCACGUCACCCCCGUGAAGCAGGAUCUGCCUGAAGGGCAGCAGGAAGAGGAAGAGGACCCCUGGAAUGGGGCCGCCCGCGUAGACAUCUCCAUCGCGCAUCUCGAGCAGAGCGGCUCUGUCACCAGCCGCGUCCCCGGCACCAUGUCCAGCAACUGGCCCUGGUACCUGGGCAUCAAGAAGCUGCCCAAGCAGCAGCCGUCUCAGCAGGCUCGGAGCCCCACGAUGCUCGUUGAGCCUGAACGGCCCUACAUCUCCCCCCUGCGCCGCAAGCUGCGCGAGCUCAUGGCCGCGGCGACCAGCAAGCCUGCUAUCCAUCUCAAGAUGCCACCUGUCGCGAUCCUCCUUGUCUCGACGCAGCGUGCUAUCGGCAAGGCGACUACUGCCACGCAGGCCUGCAUGGACAUCGGCCUGCACACCUUCACCAUCGACGCGUACGACAUCGUCAACGACGUAGGCGGCGGGCCUGGCGGCGGUGGCGACGUUAAGACGGCCGGAUUUCUGACCAGCCGCGCCGAGCGCGCCAUGAGCUGCGGGCCGGACUGCUGCGCGCUGCUGAUCCGGCAUAUCGAAGCCCUGACGGCGGACCGGAUGGUGCAGAGCAUGAAGGAGAUUUUGGCGGAUGCGCGGGUGUUGAUUGCGACGACGACCGAGGUUGAUAAGGUGCCGGAUGGGAUUCGGGCGCUGUUUACCCAUGAGCUGGAGAUGUCGGCUCCGGAUGAGGCUGAGAGAGAGGGCAUUCUGAAGUCGGUUGUCGACGAGAAGGGGCUGACGCUUGAUCCAGAGGUUGAUCUGUCGAGCGUGGCGCUCAAGACGGCUGCGCUCGUGGCGGGCGACUUGGUUGAUGUUGUCGAGAGAGCGUGCGUGGCACAGCGUUCCCGGCUCGAGAAGUUGUCUGCGUCUAAAUCAUCCUCCAAUAACCCCAACCAGCCUGCUCAACCCGUAACCGUCCGCGACGUGCAAGUCGCCGGCGGCCCUGCCGCCAUCGGCCUGACCAAAGCCGACUUCGACGUAGCUGUCGACGCAGCCCGCAAGAACUUCGCUGACGCCAUCGGCGCCCCCAAGAUCCCCAACGUCACGUGGGACGACGUCGGUGGCCUCAACAACGUCAAGGACGCCAUCACCGAGACCAUCCAGCUGCCGCUCGAGCGGCCCGAGUUGUUCGCCAAGGGCAUGAAGAAGCGCUCGGGCAUCUUGUUCUACGGUCCACCCGGUACUGGCAAGACCCUGCUGGCCAAGGCUAUUGCUACGGAAUACAGCCUCAACUUCUUCUCUGUUAAGGGUCCCGAGCUACUCAAUAUGUAUAUUGGUGAGUCCGAGGCGAACGUGCGUCGCGUGUUCCAGCGCGCGAGAGAUGCUCGGCCGUGCGUCGUGUUCUUUGACGAGCUGGACUCUGUCGCGCCGAAGCGUGGUAACCAGGGUGAUAGUGGUGGUGUCAUGGACCGUAUUGUGUCGCAGUUGCUGGCCGAGCUGGAUGGUAUGUCGAGUGGUGAGGACGGUUCGGGCGGCGUGUUUGUCAUUGGUGCGACCAACCGUCCCGAUCUGCUCGACCCUGCGCUGCUGCGUCCGGGCCGUUUCGAUAAGAUGCUUUACUUGGGUGUGUCGGAUACACAUGAGAAGCAGCUCAAAAUAUUGGAGGCGCUUACCAGGAAAUUCACCCUCCACCCCUCGGUCUCCCUCCCUGCCAUUGCCGAACGCCUUCCCUUCACCUACACGGGCGCCGACUUUUACGCGCUGUGCUCCGACGCCAUGCUCAAGGCCGUCACGCGUCAAGCAGCCGCGGUUGACGCCAAAGUGCGGUCCAUCAACGCGUCGCGCGCCGCCCAGGGCCAGCCGCCCAUCUCGACCGCCUACUUCUUUGACCACCACGCGACGCAGGAUGACAUCGCGGUCACGGUCACCGAGCAGGACUUUUUGGAUGCGCAGCGCGAGCUGGUUCCUAGCGUUAGUGCGGGCGAACUGGAACAUUAUGAACGGGUUCGACGGGCGUUUGAGCAAGGGGAAAAGGAGAAGGGUAAACAGCAGCAGCAGCAGGAGGAGGAGGAGGAGGAGGAGGAGGAGAAGAAGAAGAAGAAGAAGAAGAAGAAGGAAUUGAAGGAAGGGAUCACUAUUGAUCUCGGGUCGAUGAAUGGUGGUGUCUCGUCUUCGUCCUCUGUGCCGAGGCUGGUUCUGCCUACGAAUCCUGCCGCGGCGUCUGCUAAGUCGGGGGGUAGCCCGACCUCGGAGAAGUCGACCGGGAGUGUCAAGGGUAAAGGGAAGGCAGUUCCUCCGGCUGUGUUGGCGAUCCGGGAUAAGAGUAAGGGUAAGGCUGCUGCGUCGUCGUCUUCGUUGGGUAGCGAUGAUGAAGAGGAUGAAGUUGGCACCGAGUACACGGAUGCGGAUUCGGAUUACUAUCGUAACAUGGGUGUCGUCAAAGGGCAAGAUAAGGGGAAGGGGAAGGGGAAGGAGGUCGUACCACCGAUUGAGGUUGGCAACGGUGCCCCGUUCCAGGAUGGAGCGGCCGGCGGAGAUGACGAGUUAUAUGAUUAG